AACACAGGUAUGUUCGUUUACAAGGUCUAAUGAUGUCAAAUGUUCUACCUCAAUCAGCAUUGAGUUCUCGUUUAGUAUAUAUAGGAUUAUAUUUAAAUAUUUUUAUAUAGUCUUAUAUUUACGAGUCAUGACACUUAAUACUCCAAAAGAAAAUGAAAAAGAUAUUCCAAAACGUGAAGUAUGGGGAAGCAAGGCAGAAUUUAUUCUUUCGUGUGUUGGUCUUUCUGUAGGAAUAGGAAAUGUUUGGAGAUUUCCUCACUUAGCUUACGAAAAUGGCGGAGGUGCCUUUUUAUUUCCUUACGUUAUUUUAUUACUUUUUGUUGGAAAACCGAUGUAUUUUUUAGAAGUGGCUUUGGGGCAGUAUUCUAAUUCAGGUCCUACGACUGUUUGGAAAUGUUUUCCUCUAGGAAAAGGUAUUGGAGUUGCUAUGGUAAUGUUAUCGAUAAUUGUGGCAAUAUAUUAUAAUAUCGUGAUGAGUUAUACCUUAUUAUACAUGGCGCAGUCUUUUCGCUCUGUGAUUCCUUGGAGCAGUUGUUUUGAAUGGUGGGGAGCAGAUUCGAAUUGCUACGUCAGAUCGGAAAAUACGACUAGAUGCGCCGAUGUCAUGACGAUGAUAGAAACAGAAUAUAAAGAAUCUAAUCGAACAGAAUUUAAUUUAAAUAAUUUAACAAAUAAUAUACCGGAAGAAUAUGCUAUGAAAUUAAAUACCUGUACUAAUGCUACUCAGACUGCUUCGGAGCAAUUUUGGGAGCGCUAUGUGUUAGAUCUAUCAUCUGGAAUUGAAGAAAUCGGUCCAAUAAAAUGGGAUCUAGCUCUGUGUGUCUUUAUAUCUUGGACGGUCGUUUUUUUAGCUCUAAAAAAUGGAAUUAAAUCUUCUGGAAAGGUAGUUUACUUUACGGCAACAUUUCCCUAUGUUGUUUUAAUAUCAUUAUUGAUAUAUGGAGCAACAUUAGAUGGCGCCAUAGAUGGAAUAUACUUUUUCUUCGUUCCUAAAUGGGAAAAACUAUUGGACGUGCAGGUAUGGAGGAAAGCAGCCGAACAACUUUUUUAUUCGUUGAGUAUAUCCUGGGGAGGCUUAACAUUAUAUGGAAGUUAUAAUCAAUUCUACAAUAAAGUACAUAGGGAUGCACUUUUCAUCAGCUCUUUAGAUUUUCUAACGAGUUUGAUUUCGGGUGUGGUCAUAUUUUCGGUAUUGGGAAAUAUGGCUAAAACUAUGAAUCUGGACGUAGCAGUUGUCGUGAAAGGAGGGCCAGGUCUUGCAUUCGUAGCAUAUCCAGAAGCUUUGGCUCAACUUUGGGUACCUCAGCUGUGGUCUUUUCUCUUUUUCUCGAUGUUAUUUUUUCUUGGCGUUGAUAGUGAGUUUGCCUAUCUGGAAACAUUUCUAACAGCAAUUUAUGAUGAAUAUCCUAAAAUGAGAAAUUAUAAAACUGCAGUUACUUUUUUCACUUGUUUGGCUUGCUUCUUCUUGGGUUUACCUUGCGUUACACGGGGUGGACAAUAUGUUUUUAAUUUAAUGGAUGUUUACGGAGGUGGCUUCUCAGUUUUACUUGUAUCAGUCUGCGAAGCAGUCGCUUUAAUGUGGGGAUAUGGUUUCAAAAGGUUGUGCGAUGAUUUUGAAUUUAUGCUUGGAUUCCGACCCGGUUACUUUUGGCAAAUUAGUUGGGCUUUUGUAUCUCCAGUUGUUUUAUUAUCUAUAUUUAUCAUGGGUUUAGUUAGUUAUAAACCUAUAACUUAUAAUGAGGAACCCUAUCCCUUAUGGGCGGAUUUGAUCGGAUGGGCCCUUGCUCUAAGUUCUCUUCUUAUGAUUCCCAUUUGGGCUAUUGUCGUGCUUUAUCAAAAUAGAAAGGAUUUACGUAAAGCACUCUCUCCGACUGAAGAUUGGGGUCCUACAGAUCCAGAGAUUCGCGAAUCUAGAAAUAAACUAAUAGAUAUGAAGAAUUUUGAAAAUAUUGAUCAAAAAGGCAUAGUAAAUAACGGUUUAUAUAUUAAAACGGAAUAUAUGUGAUAAAACUAUAUAUAAGAAUAUCUGAAAUAUUUAAAAUUGUGCCUGCGGUUAAUGAAUAUUCAAUAUUUAUUCGGUAUACAGAAAUCACAUAUUUUUAUAGUUAGUGUGUCAAAAUAUAAAAAAAAAUUUAAUUUAACUUUUUUAAAAUUAGAACAAAACAUUUUUAUACUAGUCUUAUUGGUCUAGAUUGGUCUGUCAAAACACUCUCGUGUCUCUGUCGAUAUUUAAAUAUGUACAAAAACUUUUUAAAUUGCUACUUUUAGUUGUAGACUGUGUUGAAAUAAGUUAUAAAAUAUCAGUUUAUCAAAAAAAUAGUUACAGUACUUGUUAUUUUCCCUCCUCUGAGUGACAUUUUGCGAACUAUUGGUUAUGCAAUCCAAGUUGCAGACUGUCAUCUAUUGAUGACAGAGCUUAUAAGAAAAACACAGUGCAAUAUGCAAUAUUUAAAGAGUUCUGGGGCUGUGAGAAGAUAUUUUACUUCCAUAGAAACUAAACGUCACGAAUCUGUCAUCUAAAAUAGAUUGACUUUUCCCUGUAUUUGCUGCCUGUGAUAUCUCAAUAGUCCAUUUUGUAACUCCAUCUCAGUUUCCGAAUGUCAGUUUUAGUAAGAUGUUCUUCAAAAACAGAAAAAUCUUUAAACAUUCAGAAUAUUUUUUUUUUAGUUUUUCGAAGAAAGAUUGUAGAAAAUGUCAUUUUUUUAUUAAAGAAAAAUUGUUUUAUUUGAAAUAAAUGAUAAAUAAUCGUGUUCUAGAUCAUAAAAUUAUACGACAUUUGUUCAUCCUCAUUAAUUGUGUUGUUUUCAUCAUCAUUAUUAUUCAAUAAAAUUUUUAAAAUUAA